UGAUGGCGUUUGACAUGUGGAUUAUCUGUUGACUUUCUCCGGCAUGGACGUAGGUUCAUUAAGCGUUCACCAGCAGUCAACCUGAUAUUUUUAAUCUACCGAUCCUUCCAGUAAACUGGAAUUAAGUCCACUGGAUAUCCACAUUGUGUCCUCCAAUGGAUGGCGCAUCAGUUGUAACCACAGCAUCUCUACCUCCUGAUCUUCACGAUCCCUCCAGGUGCUUUCAAAAUGAAACCUCACCAUUCAGAUGUCCUGCCCAGCCUCCUCCCCUGGGCCCUCCACCUCCUCCUCCCCCUCCACCACCACCACCACCACUAUUUCCACCUCCACCACCCCCACCUCCUUCACUCAUGGGGGACCCCUUCACCCGGACUGUCCAGCGGCGCUCCAGAAUGCGUAACUUCAACUGGGACGCCAUCCCUAGGCAUAGUGUAUUGGGCAAGCGCAAUGUCUGGACAGCCCAACGCAACCUUGAGAACUUUGAGCUGGACACUAAGCGUAUGGAGGAGCUUUUCAGCCACAGCGAGCACCACGGUUUGAUCCGCAAGGGUGGGACGGUCCGAAAAAGUGUGUGGGGCCUUUCGCAAAUCUCUGCAGAAUCUGAGAACGUGUCAAUUCUCAACUCGAAGAAAAGUAUGAAUAUUGGUAUUCUACUCAAACAAUUUAAAAGGACACCGAAGGACAUUGUGGAGGCUGUUAGGCAUGGAAACAUGUGCUUUGCUUCCGAGAAACUGAGAGAGCUUAAUAAGCUCUUGCCUGAUGAUGUGGAGACAAAGAAGCUGAUGUCAUUCAAUGGAGAUUUGUCAGCACUAAAUGAAGCGGACCGUUUCAUGGUGAUGCUUGUUCAAGUGCCAGGGUAUAAAGUGAGAUUAAAGAGCUUACUUCUCAGAGAGGAGUUUUUCCCCUUUAUAGAGGAGAUCAAGCACUCCAUUGCUGUCAUGACAACCGCUGCUAAUGAGUUGCUGGCAUGUGAUGACCUACAUUCAAUCAUCAGACUGGUGCUGAAGGCUGGAAACUACAUGAAUGCGGGUGGAUAUGCAGGUAGCGCUAUCGGCUUCAGGAUGACAUCAUUGCUCAAACUGGUAGACACUAAAGCAAAUAAACCUGGCAUGAACCUCAUGCACUACGUUACCAUGCAAGCCCAACAAAUUGAUGAAGCUUUGUUGCACUUUACUGAACAGCUUCAACACAUUGGAAUUGCUGCAAGGAUUCAAAAGCAGGAAGUGGAAAUGGACUUUCAAAGGGAGUUGGAGAAAAUUAAGGAAGCAAAGAUGGACGCCAGCAAACAGCCGGAUCUUCUACAUCAGAUGGAAGCAUUUCUACGUAUGGCAGACAUUCGGCUUACAGAUGUGGAGGUUACCCUUCAGGAACUGGAAACCAUCAGCACCUCCGUAGCCGAGUAUUUCUGUGAAGACCCGCUCACAUUUAAGCUGGAGGAGUGUUGCUCCAUCUUUCAUUCCUUCUGCGAGAGGUUUGAGAGAGCUGCGCAGGAAAACCGUGAUCGAGAGGCAGCUGAAACUCGCAAGCGACAGCAAAGGGAGAGAGAAAUACUUACCAAAACUUCUAAGCGUCGAUCCACUGGCUCAUGCUCCACUCAGGAUGGGAACAAUGACAACUCCACUCUAGAAUCUGUCCUGACCAGCUUUCUCAAGCAACGUCCUUCCCGCAGGAGGCCCGGUGGACCUACAUCAGUAGCAAACAGCCCCAUCAAGAACAUCCGCCCUCAGGUUGAGAAGCGUGAGGACAACGGGGAUCUGAAAAGCCCUGCCGAAACCAAUGAGGAGAAAUCUGAGAUCCCAAGAGUGGAGGAACCAGAGAACAUCUGCCAGGAGGAACUUCCACCUUGUGUCGUUAAUGAUGUUCAACGGGCGCGUGCCGCAUCUAAAAGAGGACAGUGCAUUGAUGAUGAACUGAUUCCUGAAAGCAAUGAUCGCAAAGAAGAUGAAGGAAGAAACACCUCAAUCAAACAAGAACUUGAAGAUGGAGUAGUGGAUAAAAAAGAAGUAGAGGAGAUUGAAGAUUUGAAUAAAGAGGAAGACAACGAGAAAGCAGAGGAAGCAGACAAAAUGCCUGAUCUCUCCGGCAAGGUCUUCUGCUUUCAGGAUUGCGGCUUGAAUGGAAUGUCUACACCUGAUCGUUCCAGAAUCGUGUGCACCUCUACUCCUCGACAGAGGGAUAUCAAAGAGGUGGAUCUGGCCUUGCAGACUGGACUAGGAGGUCUUGGCUCCCCAUGGACCAUCCUCAGCCCUCGUGUCUCUCCUCGAGACACUCCGCACCGCAGACACUCCUUCUCCAUCUCCAGGGUGGACAUUCUUGAUGAUGGGGUUUGGGCGUUACCAGACACGCCUGUACGGGACAAGCCUUCAUUCUCCCAUAAAUCUGUUGCUUCAUCCUCUUUACCGGACUGUCCUUCAAAGCGGACUCCUGCACAAGGGAUGUUUCCGAGGUCAGCGAGGUCAGCUUCUCUUACUGAUGAAAAAGAGCGAGCACCGAACUUUAAACUGGGACAAAUCUUCCAGAGACGCAUUGGACCAGAAGUUCCUCCAGAUAAGAGACAGGAAGGCUCAGGACUUGUGUCUUUCUUUCGACGCUUUGGGGAGAGAAACCGGGCAGGGACUGUUGGUUAGGUUUAUACUUUUAAAGAUUUUACGCUGCCAUGAAGGAUAUUAGGAAUGUAGGCAAAUGGGAACUUGUCUUACAAAACUCUUGAUGCCUUUUGUGUUCUUAUGCAAAAAUACAUGCUGAAGUUGACAUGUCAAUAUUUUAUUGGUUUUUAGUUCAGCAUUGUUAUUUCUAACAGGCUGAUUUUAUUGGUUCACAACAUUAAAUUUUAGCGACUA